AUGGCCUUUCGUGGUAUUGUGAGGGACGCCGCCCAUGUCAGUCUUCUGUCAGCCGCGUACGAAAAACAUGUUCGCGUGAACGAGACCCCAGAGAUCGACACCACAUUCCCGACAACUGCUCAGCAAGACAGGGAGUGCGCGGAACGAAUCUUCGCUGUAUGGCAGGAUACAUCCGACUUUUACGAGAAGCGGCGGGCGAUCGAGAAGAAAAGCCAGAACUUGCACCUUUCAAAGGUCGAGACG